ACGGACGGAUAUCAAUUUCGCGUCUGUGUGGGUCUGGUAGACUCAAAGUAAAAGGUGUUCUUCGAUCGGUUCGGUUUUGUGAACAGUUUCUUCGCUGGGUCGAGUAUUCGUCUGCAGAAUAAAAUUAAGUGUUUCCUUACUAAUGUGAGCGAUGGGUAAUUUUCCUUGGGUAGCAAAAUCGUGUUAGAAAUGCCCAGAAACAUUGUUGAAACGUUCAAGGUAAAUCACGGCUUCGAGGAAAUUCUCAUCUGGUAAUACGUGGGUUCACGGCGGCGGGUUACGAACGCUAGGAAGAGACGGAAAAUUUCCUAUGUCGAAGAUCCACCGGUCGCGAGAAUGAGUACAAGGGCAAGUUAUAUGCAGCGGGCUUGUGCGUAAAUCGACUAGAAUCCAGAUUCCGGUGACUUUUGUGGCAAAUUAUGAAUAAUCUUAGCUAACAUAAUUCGAGAACAACCAAUUUGUCGCACAAAAUAUCUGUAGAAUCGGGGAUUUCUCGUGAGUGUUGCUGUCUAGCUCUGUUUGCCGUCGAGUGAAGGAGAGAGUCGAGUGUGAUAGGAGACGGUUGAGAGUGUGGGUACGUGGACAGGCAGAAAAGUUGGCAGUAGUGGUGUAUUUUAGCAUUUUACUUUGGGCUUCUCCUGUGAGUGACUUCAAUUCUACGCCGCCAUUUUGCUCAUAGUCGCCAACAUAACACCGUUGAGACCUGUCGUCGCUGUAACUUUCCAAUAUUUGCUCGGUUUCCGCGAUAGUGCUUUCUAAAAAAUUUGAAAAGUGAAGGAUUUGUUCCAACAAGAUGUAGAGACACUUCGCAGGACCCGAUCUGUGAAGAAAACGCGUUCAGACCGGACAAACUCGGAAUAUACGAUUUCCUCUGCAUUCGUUCGGGUUCUAGUUAAUCGUUUUUGCAGCCACCUUCGUGGCACUUCGUCAGCUCUCGUUAUUCGGCAGUCGUUCCUGCCUUGUCCGCAGGAGAGGAAAAUAUUGGCCCAAGUGCAAGGAAAUGAGGGAAUAUUCCGAAAAAUUGGCAUCAUGAAAAAAGAAUGAAAGGGACAUUGACUGCGACUGCGGGGCCAGAUUUUCGGUUUUUGGUUCGAUCCUGGUUUUGGUCGUGUCGCAAAGUUCGGAUCGAGUCUGUCGCGCAGAACUCGUCGGAAGCGUUCACGGUUGCUGUUCGAUUCCGUGGAAAGUAAUUAGCAAUCGAGAAAGGCCGGCACGUCGAACGCCGUGAGGAACGGAGGACAGUUUUCGGAAUUGCGGGAGAUUCGCAGAAGAAAGUAUUUUCAUCGCAAUUCACAUAUCAAAGAUCAUUGUUGGUCAGAAGCAAAAACACAAGAAAUCGAAGGAGAUAGGAGUUAAGGAGGAAGAGAGAGGCGAGUGGAAGGAAGACGUGAUCCGCUGGGGAGUGUGUGUAACUGGUCGGCACGCGUAAAUUGACAGUGUGCGUUUUGUGAUUUCUCUUCGCCCAUGGCUUUUCGUGUGCAGUGAGCAUGUGUUGGUGUACCUUGUCGCGCUCCAUUCGGUUCGGUUUCUCUGCGUGAAAAAGAGUUUAACAAAAGUGAUUCAAUUUAAAUAGUUUUCAGUGUUUUCGGGGGAAAUUGGGUUAUACGUUACACUAGCAAAAUUAUCUGCCGAAAUAAUUGCUGGCUCUCGUCUUUCCUCCGGUGGCAAGUAGAAUGAAGUAACGUCAUACGGUAAAAGGCUGCGAACAGCACAGCAAGGAAUUAAAAAGUCGAAUCGCAAAUAGUAAAUUGAAUGGAGAAAUGAAAAUGUGGUGUUUAUUGUUUACUAAAUGUAGGAAAAUUCAACUAUGACGCACCAGAAUCAUCAAACAAACGGCGCAAGUUUGGAGGAUUGCCAUACAAACUUUUUCGCCUUGACUGAUUUGUGCGGCAUCAAAUGGCGUAAAUUUUUAUUUGGAGAACGGCCAAACGCUAGUGGUGAACCACUGGACGAUCCGAUUCUCCAAUCGUAUACACAGUGUCUGUCAAAAGACAUUUUGUGUGUCUGGCGACGUGUUGCAGCACCAAAACAAGAUCCUGAUCCCAAUGCAACAAUACCAUUUGAUAUUGUAUCAACUCAUACCCAUCCUCCACUAGCCCUAACAGCGGCGAAAGAGCUAUGGAUUUUUUGGUAUGGAGACGAACCAAAUUUUCAGGAUUUGGUUGAUCCUCGAUUAAUUGAAUCAUCAGAUGCGAAUGCACAAGGAGCUUGGGAAUCGGGUCUGUCCUAUGAAUGUCGAUCAUUACUAUUCAAAGCGUUACAUAAUCUUAUUGAAAGAUGCCUUUUAUCGAGAGAUAUUGUCCGCCUUGGAAAAUGGUUUGUACAACCAUGUUCGUCAAAAGAUCAACUGUUUGGAAAAAGUUCACAUCAUCUAUCAUUUUCCUUUGCAUUUUUCGUCCAUGGCGAAAGCACGGUGUGCGCAUCGAUGGACUUGCGGGAACAUCCUGCCGUACGACCUCUUUCUCCAGAAUAUUUGGCGGAAGCAGCUGCGGCAGCUCAGGGUAGCGGCGAUGUACGCUUAAAACCUGUAAUACUUGCACCCUUUGGUUUGGCAGCAACUCUGACGGGCAAUAGCUUCAAGUCUUCAGAUCCGGCUACUGAUAAACUUCUAAGGGAUUGGUGUUGCUUUUAUCCCUUGUGCAAUAAAGAAAAUGCGGACCUGCCUCAAAUGGUUGAAAUCAUUACAGGUGGAGUGAAGAUGAGGUACCCCUCGAAAUACGUACUGACAACAGAAUUGGAUAAUGUUGAUUGUUCACCAAAAGAAGAGUCAAAAGCUUCGCCGCCACCGCAACAACAAAUUCUUAAACCACCAUCGUCAGAAAAUUAUUUAAUACAGCAGCAGCAGCAACAACGUCAGCAACUCCCAUUACCUUAUAUACAUUCUCCACCUCCCGCUGCAACUUUACUGCCAGAAAGUGUUUGGCAGGAUUGUAUAACAAAUCCUGCUACAGCUUCUGCCAACUGUAACUUGGGACAAUCCGGAUCACUGGUAAAUAAUGGCGGCAGUAUUAGCAAUAGUUCCAACAACAACAAUAUUUGGAAUUUUUUCGAUCCUACACAGAAGACAACAUGUUCCUGUACGAAGUGUAGAAAAUCGAAUGGAGGAAACCGUGCGAGUUCCAGCUGUGGAAUUACGUCAUCAUCGGCAAGCAGUGGCAGUAGCAAAUCUGGUGGCGCCAGCAGCAGCCGCGCUGAGAAGACUUCUUCUCGAGCUAAUCGAGUGCCGUUUCAUAGGCGACAGCUACCAAGCUUGGCCAGUCAACCGCCACAGAAUCACUCCCAAAGCAGAUCUACUGCUAUUUCAUCGUUCUCGUCUUCAUCUUCGAAAAUUUCUGAAAAAGAUAGUGUUGACACUAAAGGACAACUACAAUCUGACGUUGGUAUCUCCCAAGAUAUGGGUGGCAAUCCAUCAACUGGCGAUAGUAUUGGCGCUUCUUUUGACACCUUUUCCCAUCAAAGACCAAGUAAUCUCGGGACGCCACAAGGUGGCGGGGCUUCUACAUAUUCUCGAAACCCACACUCUAUAGGAGACUCAAUGGCUGUACCUUCUGUUGGUUCGCCUAGCAGUGCUGGGCCGUCGCCGCAUCCAAACUCUACAUUAUCACAACCGACAUCUGUACCACCCACCGACCAGCUUUUAGCUGCGUCGCCUCGGCCCCCAACGUCGGUUCCAACAAUCCAACCUUUGACACCAAUUGAUCAUUUAGACAAAAAUACUCCUGCUCCAACUCCGACUGAUCAGCAUGACAACAAAAGUGUAACGGCAUCCCCGUACAUACAGCAGAAUCCGAGUGUGGAGCCCCCUCAGUCGGCAGAAGGAAUCUCUUGUCCGGAUAGUGUGGGGCCUGUGAAGAAAGUUGAGCCCACCUCGGUAGCAAGCAGUGGAAAUGACCAUCGACCUAACAACGGGAUGGGCACUAUGGCGAAUAACACGGCGGCUAUGAACAAUUUUAUGGCAUUAUUAAAAAGACCAAGGCUACAAAUUAAUGAAUACGAAAAUUGUGCCGAUGAAGAGACCACCUCACACCCUUUACUAUACAACUUCUCAAAAAUGGAAGCCUGGAUGAAUCUCCUGGUUAAAAAUUUAAAGCCGAAUGACAAAACACAAGAAUUGCCACAUUGGAAUCGGAAGCGGCGGUUAAAAGAGAUGUAUGAGCAACAGCCUCAUGCAAGUUCGCCUAUGUUUUCUCCGUCCUCCUUGCUAUUUGGCGGAACUUCAGCUGCUGGAAAUGAAGCAGCCUUAAAGGAUCACAUCGCAGAUGCAUUUGGUUCGGUGAAAUCAGAGGACACUUGCAUGUUACAAGCUCAUGAAAUCAAAAAGGAAGUUGAAGAAAUUAAAGACAAAGAUGGUCAUGACAACUUAUUCACAAGUGCAGGCCUGCAAGUUACCUGCGAGAUACCAGAUCAGAUUUUUGACAAUUCUGACGAUAACUCAACCGAUGACGCUUUGCAAGUCCAGACGCCACCAGGAUCCAACAAAUCAAGCGGCUGUGGUAUGGAGGAACUUAAAAAACCCCUUUGUACGAAUAAUUCUAGUAUGGGUAUCUUACGACCAGAAGAAUUAUCUCACAUGUUUCCAACGCCACCAAGUCAUGAACAUCAUCCGAACUCUAGCCCAUGCAGUGGAGGGAUGACUGAUAUUCCAAUGAACGAUAUGCUAGAAACGAGAGUAAAGCAAGAAAUUUACGUGGAUUUUGGAAGUCCUCCGGGAGAGCCUAUAAAGGAUUGGUCUUAUGUGUUUAUACCUCCGGUGACCUACACCUUGGCCAGUUCUUCAAAAUACGCCCCUCUAACAAAUCUACCAAGUCAGUCGAUGCCUCCGAUUACGAUCCCGCCGAAUACAAUAUAUAAACCAACAGCCAGGCAACAACCGCCCCCGAGGCAACAGCAGCAAGAUCAACCUAUCCAGCAAAUGCAAAUGCAGCAGCAACAUCACCAGCAUCUCAAUAUUCCUCCUAACAACGUAGGGGCUAUGAUUUCUAGUGGAAACAAUCCAAAUAAUUUGGGGCUUGGAAUGAUUGAACGCGAGAAGCAACUGCCACCUAUGUUCAGUGGAAAUCCGUUGCCACGGCCCCCCUCGGCAUCUCUGCUCAACUAUGGAGGACCGCAAGCAAUGCUCCAGCAGCAGAUGGCCACGCGCACUACCAUAUCACCGAUUUCUCCGGCAACAGGACAACAAAUGUCUGCGUUUCCUGGUGGUAGCCCACUAAGUCAUUCAUACAGACGUACGCCUGUCCAGCCGCCACCGCCGCCUUACGAAUUGGCAGUGUCAAGUCCUGACACAUCCACUUCUUCAUACUUGAAUAAGCAAUUUAAUUCACAAGAGCCGCCAACGCCUUCUUCAACCACAACACGGGCGCCAGAGGCGAACUCAUUGCUAGUCAAUGUUUUACUAUAUGAUACUGAGCUGAACAUUUUCCGAGACCACAAUUUCGAUAGUUGUACAUUAUGCGUUUGUAAUGCAGAUGCCCAGAAAUGCGUUGGUAAUAUUAGAGGCGCCGACUCUGGUCUGUACGUCUCAUUGCCAGGCACGAGCUUCAAUCCUGCCGUAAGUAAUGGUGUUGUACCUCCGGGCUUGCAUCAACAAAAUGCUAUGAGCGCAGGCGGAAACAGCAGCAUGCGGAGUUUAAGUGCCUUUGGAGGGAUUGAUUCACCAUCUGCCGUUGGAAGUGGAGCAAUAGGAAACCAACAUCAAACCGGCUAUGUUGAUGAAGAUCCUAUAACCUGCCGGUGUGGUUUCAGUGCGGUUGUUAAUCGGAGGCUAGCGCAUCGUUCAGGUUUGUUCUAUGAGGAUGAAAUGGAAAUCACAGGAAUGGCUGAAGAUCCUGGCUUCUAUAAGAAGAAAUCGAUUCUUUCUGUUCUACUGCAUACGGGCUGUAUAAACAGCGAUGAGAAUUCUAAUUCAAAUGAUAGCGCAAUUGCUCAACGAGUGAUGGAUUUGUUGCGGGAUCAAUGUACAAUUAUACAAUCCUCUAGUAGUUCAAUUCAACGUACAAUCACACGAUAUAAGCGGCGAACAGCAACAUCGGAAUUAAUUCGCAAGUUGAACAUACUCGAAUUUGCUGAUGCGAAUGAUGUUACCUGUCUAGCUAUCGAGCAAGGGCGAAUAGCGUAUGAGUCUUCUAUGGGCUUGAAUAAUCGAAUGGAUGUAGAAGCAUAUCGAGUACAAAAAAAUAAUAUAAGUGUACAUAAGUGGCCGUAUAUGAUGGCUGACGGAACGCGCAAUAAUCAGGACAUCAUCCGAAUGAUGAAUUCUAUGCAACCACUGCUGCAGAAUGCUUUCCACAGUAAAAACCGGAAACGUUGGGAAGCAACAUAUGUUGUGAAAGGGCCUCUCACUUGGCGUCAGUUUCAUAUGCUGGCAGGUCGUGGUGUGGGUCAGUGUGAACCGCAGCCAAUUCCGUCUUUGAUUGUUGGACAUGAGAAGGAUUGGUUGUCAGUUGCACCCUAUGCUAUUCAGUACUGGGAUAAACUGAUGUUGGAACCAUUUGCAUAUCCUAGAGAUGUAGUUUAUCUGGUAGUGAGUCCAGAGGAUGAUUAUGUUGUCUCCAGGGUUCGUGGUUUCUUCAAAGAAUUGAGCACAACCUACGAAAUGUGCAAAUUAGGACGACAUACCCCAAUUAAAGGAUGGGACGGAAUAUUGCAAGUGGGAUGUCGAAAUAAUCGCGAUUCAUCAGCUGGUAAUGAACAUUCUGUUUCAUCGGACGAAAACUCUCAAAAUUCCGGAUCUGAAAGCAAAUUUAUAGAACAAUUAAAGUUAUAUGUGAAUGCAUUUCAAAAUAUGUUGGUGCCUUACUUGUCACGAAUACCAGGUGAUCGAAGUCUUCUUGAUCCACCGAAGGAUUUAAAUUCGAAUUUGUCGAAAGAUCGUCCAUUACCCAGUCCUAUGCCACCACCAAACACUCCCGACUCGCAAUCACAAUGCAGUGAUAAGGCACCCAGUACUCCGAAAUGUGAUAAUGAAACAGAAACGCAGCGUGACAAUCUCAGCACAUCUACACCUGCGAACGCGACUGUGCUGGACCCUCUGAGCGGUCACGACGAUGAUGUGAAUCCACCAGUUAUUGUUAUAUAUGUCAUCGACCCCUUCACGAUAGGUUCGGAUUCGCACGAUCUACAAAGGGCUUCUUGUUUGUCCUUGCUAAAGAGCUACUCUGAAUUACUAGCAACAGUUCCAGAGGCGAUCCGAAGCAAUAUUAAUUUCCAGAUUAUAUCAUUAGAAUCGGUUUUGGAGUUGGGACGCAAUCGUAGCAGAUUAAGAUCUAGCGAUGAGAUGAAAGCCCUUUCAUUGAGUGUGUUUUCGCAAAGCCGUCGUUAUCUUGCGCAUUCAGCCAAAGUGAAAAGUCUGACGGGAUUUGGUACAGCUGCAAAUAUGGAACUAUUUCUCAAAAGCAAGGAUGAGAAGAAUCGAGCGGCGUACAAGAUGUACACACCACCGUAUAUCUUGGCCCCCAUCCAUGAAAAAUCGGAUAAAACUGACACUUUCCGCCUGAAAAAUAUUGACCAACAAUACUCAGUUAUGUAUUGUAAUUAUUGCUUGUCGGAAGACCAGAGUUGGUUACUCGCAUCAGCAACAGACGAGCGUGGCGAGUUAAUGGAAACCAUUACGAUCAAUAUAGACAUUCCUAAUAUACGUAGACGCCGCCAUGCGCCUGCUCGACGAUUAGGGCUGAGAAAGUUAAUGGAUUUCAUUUUGGGGAUAAUAUCUCGAACUAUGCAACCUUGGCGUCUGGUAAUUGGGCGCAUCGGAAGAAUAGGUCACGGUGAAUUAAAGUCAUGGAGUUGGCUCUUGAGUAAGCAGAACCUUCAGAAAGUUUCAAAAGAACUGAAGGACAUUUGCAAGCAAUGUUCGAUUUUAUCGCCUCAUCAGGUGCCAAGUAUUUUGAGCGCUUGCCUGGUUACCCUAGAACCAGAUUCAAACUUCCGAGUUAUGCCAGAUCAGUUUACACCAGAUGAACGCUUCAGUCAAAUUUCCAUGCAAAACCCGCUAUCGACUCCGCAGGAUGUAACAUGCACACACAUAUUGGUGUUUCCGACCAGUGCUGUGAGUCAGUCUUAUCAACGAGCUUUCAAUGAAACACAUAUAAAUGGUCUGGAAAAUGAUGAUAUGAUAUUCGAUUUUGGCGAGGAAGAUGAACAAAUUGGCGAUGUAAAUUCAAUGGGUGACAUUUUCGAUUGGGAAGAACCAAUGCAACAAAGUCCGGAACGAAAUUCAAAUCAUGGCAGCCCUGGGUGCAUGGAAGAUAAUCGCAGUCGGCAAAGUCCCGGAACUGGAGGAAAUGCUUUCAAUUCGUUGAGAAAUAUGCAUGAUGCACAAGACAUUGAAGAGGUCGGAACAGUGCUCCAACAGCCUUUGGCGUUAGGCUACUUAGUGUCAACAGCACCAACUGGUCCCAUGCCUCCUUGGUUUUGGUCAUCGUGCCCUCACAUGGAAAAUGUUUGUCCAGUAUUUCUGAAAACAGCAUUACAUCUGCACGUAUCUGCAAUACAACAGUCAAGUGAUGACCCGCUAAUUCAAAAUCACUCAUCAGCUACCGAUCAUCCGCUCGACUCGAGUUUCACUGCCGAUGUCCUUAGGUACGUUUUGGAAGGUUAUAAUGUUCUUUCGUGGUUAGCCAUGGACUCAAACACACACGACCGCCUUUCAUGUUUGCCUAUAAAUGUACAAGUACUGAUGCAAUUGUAUCAUAUGGCGGCGUCAAUGGCGUAAGGGUUAUGUUGAGAUGGUUGCGUUGAGAGGGGUAUAACGUGUUCUGGUAUUUAGAAGGAAUACUAAAAUCAAGGUGGAUUCAAUUUUAAUACCUAGUUACUGAAUACAACAAACGAGGGCUCUGUUAAGACCUCUUUUCAUAAUGUCUGUGAUAUUAGAUGCUAUUUUAAUAGGUAUAAUAUUUAAGUCGCCCCGUAGACAGGAAGUAAGCAAAAUUUGUAUUUUAUACACACCAAGCAAGCAUGGAAAAGAAACAAAUUUUUACGCAGACAGCAAUUUACUUUGAAUUCAGAUAUAAGUGUAUAUUUUUAGAUGAUAACAUAGGAAAAUAUGAUUAUCACAAUGACCAACUAGAGGAUUGAAGGUAAUAGAAGAUUGAAUCAUAGUUUCUCAAUAGUGAUAAGUAGGAAAUCCCUCGAGCAAUAUAGGGGUCGAUUAUUAUGUCUUUCACACAUGCGUACAAAGUCAGUGUACGCAUAUAGCCGAGAAAUCUUUAAUUUGGGUAGUAGUUGGUCUAUUUGAAAACACUUCACAUCUCGCUUUCCGGAUUUUGUACAAGUGAGCACAUUUUCCGUUACGUCUAUUCGUUCCAGUCUUCAUUAAUAUGCGUCUUCUGGUACUUGCAGGUUAUCAAUUGAACAAAGUACUAUAAUAAAGAUUAUCUUCCAAAAUUUCAAAUAUAAAAUUCAGUUCAGCUAAAUAUCUCGUCAGUCUUCCCAAUAAGUCUCCCUCCGAUAUCACAGUUCUUAUUUUGCGUUUUGGUAGCCAGUGCCUUUCUAGUGACUCACUCUAUGCUUCAAAUAUCGUCGAUCGUCUAUACUGGAUUAUAUUCCAGGGUGUUUUGAAUGACGAGAAUUAGCUCCGAAAGCUCACAACCAUGAUGAUGAUUUCUGGGUCAAGAAUAUUGAAUCCUUGUUUUACAGGAAGGCUAUAGUAGUUUUUCUAGUAAAACGUACAAUUUAUCCCGUCUUUGUUACGUCACAUGAUAACCAAAUACUAUCCCUUAAGAAUAUUGAUAUAUUUUUUCGGAUUCUACUUCUGUUACUGCAAUCCUGCUUUAUGUUUAAUUGAUUAAUAUCUAACGAUACCGUGCGUAUUGAUCGAUUAAGGAAAAGGCAAUUUUUGAUCAGCGGCCACGGGCUUUGCUCCACAGUUGGUUAAAUCCGAAAAUGAAUCUACCGCACGUAAAAUGCAUUAUAAUUCUGCGAAAGAAGCAAACCUUUAGUGAAAAAAAGCCAAAGGAGACCAAUAAUUGAGUCAUGAUUUUCCAGGGAUUUAUUACUUUCAGCAAAUCGGCUACAAAAACAGUUCAAUCGUAAAAUUUGUUUUUAGGGGUUUUCUAAUCAUUUAAUGCUAGGUUACCACAUAAAGAGACAGUAAUCAAAAAUGAGAUUCUCGUUGUAUUUUGUUUAGUUUCUUUCGAUAAUUAUUUUCGUUUAGCUCAAUGUAUAAAUACAAAAUUUUACAAAAAAAGCAAAUAAAAAGUAGACGUUAUAGACAGACGGGAGAAGACGAGUCUUGUAAUACAAUUUUUACAAAUAUAUUUUAAAGCUAGAUAAUUGAUAUAUAUAUGUUUAAGUGUGUAUAUAUAUACCAUAGGCCGUAAUAGCUUAACAUCCAAAAACCCACAACUAAUCUAAGAUAUGACAAAAUAGACAUAAGUCAACGCUAAUUCGUUUAAUAUGAAUUAAAUUAUUCAAAUGCAAAAGAAACAAUGUACGCAAAAGGAACUUAAUUUAUAUUUGCAAGUUUACAUUUAGUGAAAGUUUGAAUAGAGGAAAUAGUGAUAAGAUUUAAAGCAAAAGUAUAUUUUAUAUAAAUAGUGAAAUAGAUUUAUUAUAUACUACAGGCAUUGUAAAUGAUUCUAUUGACAAUUACUGCAAUACAAAUAAGUCUUAAAGUACAGAAAUAAUUUAUAAGUAAAGUAUAAACCAUUAAAAAUCAAUAAUUGCAUAUAGUUCAAUUAUGAUAAACAAAUUACUACAUUUUACAUAUGAUUUUCGAAGUGUUUGUGCAUUAGAUUUUUAUGUGAAGAUGUUAUGUUCGUACGUAUACAACUUGAUAACGCUACAUUCAGAAUUAACUUAUGUAAUUGAGUAUUUCAGUUAGGGAAACUACAGAAGCAGAUUGAAUAUUUAUCAGUACUCCACUGACCAUCAAUAAAGAAACAAAUUAAUGUUAAGUUUAUUUAAAAUUUCGUAAGUGUCGAGUUAAUGAAAUGUCUAAAAACAUUUUUUAAUCUAUCGUAUAAAAUAUAGCGCUUUUAGGUGUGUACAUAUGAUGAUGUAGCGUACAUUUAUAAAGCAGUAUAAUAGGGCAAAGUAGAGAAAUUGAAAUGGAAAUGUCAUGGAAGUGAAGGAAUGACAUGACACGCAAAUAUACACUACACACACAGAAACAAGUCGAACACUAAGGAAACAAUGAAAUGAUUGGUUUUGCGUGCGUAGAAUAGCAAUUACUUCAAUUGUUGUACACAAUUCUUCUGGGAAUGAUUCAAUCUGUUUUGCUAAGUGCAAACAAAUCAUUUCAAACAAUUAAAGUCAAGUUUGGCUUGUUGCACCAGACGACGCAGUUAUAUUUCUAAUGCAUAUUUAUUUUAUUAUUUUCGAUUAAUUUAUAUUAGAUGAAAUAGAAAGUAAAAAAAUUGAAAAUUUUUCGAUGUACAAAAUGUAUACAUAGUUUAAUUUUAAUAUGCCGUUUUAAGUGGAACAUUGCCGAUGUUCUUUUUCUUAUGAGUAUCAAAAUAAAAAGUAUGGUUUUUGAUCAAUGAUAUGUUCUAUACUAACAAGGGACAACUAUGUAUUUAAUGGUCGCAGGAUGUUGCCUAGCUAUGCAAACACCAUAGAGGAUCAUGGGCACAGUUGUUAAAAAUUAUUAAAGUAAUAAAAAAGAAAAAUAUUUUUUAAAUAGAAAAUUAACCAUAGUGUGUUUAUUUUUAGUUUUUCAUCUGUACCUCUCAUUUUUCGUUAGACAAAACUCUCGGAAACAAUGUCCUCUUGAUUAUAGUUUUUUUUAAAGAUAAUUUCGAAUCGUAGUGAAGAACUCUGGGGAGACAUAUCUUACAAAAUCAUGAAACGACGGCCAAGCUUGACUAUGUGUUUUAUUGGGUGUUUGUUAUGCAAAGUGGAUACAGCGUAUUCUAGCAAAUUAGUUUCACCAAUAGUUUGCCAAGACGGGAAUUUAAAGACUUAAGUGGAAAUGAUUUUUGUGAACUAGGGGCCUUUGAGCAAAUGGGUACUUUCAAAUUGUUCCAUUGAAAUAGUUAUUCUCUAAAAAUUAAAAAAAUAAAUAAUUAUUCGUUUUUUUUCAUCACAAUCUUGCCAGAUGUCGGAUUUUACCUAUUGUGAACACCAAGUGCCAAGCAAUUAGACUUCAACGAUUCUAUCUAUUCUAAAAACAGAACUUUUGUCGUGUAGCCGCCGGUAUGCUAUUGAAAAGGCUCCCUGAUAAUCCUUGUAACUUUGAGCGCGUAUGCAGAAUGCUGUACUUUUGCUUGGUUUGAAUCAAGAAAAUAUUAUGAGAACUACAGCUUCAAAUUUCUUUGAUUUUGCAGGCCAGUGGCUCUCCCCAAUUCCGACUCAAACUUUCUAUUAUAAAGAAUAGUAAAUUCAACAAUAUAUUUAAGGUGGUAUAUAGCGAACAGUUGAGACUUGCUGGGUAUAACAUGCCGUGAACGAAACUAGGAAUAUUGUCUAAAAUUAUAUAAAUGUUUUGAUUUUCGAAAAAAAAUCUAUUUUAUAAACUGAGACAAUUUCAAAGGAGAAGGCAUUUAUUCAUGUAACGGCCUUCAGUAAGCCUAAGAGUGAAAAAUUGAAAUUAAAGUUCACUAAUUACCACGUUAUUAAAUUCAUUCUAAGCUUAAAUUCAAUGAGUACAGUAAUUCUUAGAUGAUACUAUAUCACUGGAACAUAUACAUAUCCUGCAUACUGACAAGUCUACUUUGAGAACCCUGGGUAGUACCUGUAUCUUGAAGAUCUAAAUUUGUUUUUCGCUCGUCUUUAGAUUUUCAUUUUUGCCUUGAAUACUUAUGAGUUUUGUUAGCGUCUCUCUCAACUUGAAAAUCCAUGUAAAAUUAAUAAACCUACAUAAAUAUACGCGUGAUAUAGCACCUGGCAUUUACUAUCUUAUUUCAACGUACGCUAUUUUUCGUCAACUGGAUUCUAUAUUUUCCUCUUUGGCUUUACUGUUAGUGUUUUUGUGAAAUAAAUUUUUAUUUCUGUGGUUGUAUAGAGAGUACUGAAGACAUUUGAGGGACCAGAACAAAAAAAUAAUGUAUCUCAGAAUUGGCCAUAAAUACCAAUUAUUAACAAUUUAUGUAAAAGGCAAAAAAAAAAACAGAUUACUAAGCGAAAUGUUUUAUUAAUAGUGCUGUGAAUAACCGCUUUUCUCACCCCCUAACUUCCCUCACAUCUCUUUUAGCGUCAACACCAUAUAAUAAUAAUCGUUGGCGCAACAAUCCAUAUUGGAUCAGGGCCUUGAAGUAUGUUAGAUCACUUCAUUCAAGACGGUAACGGUACACUGUAGGAGGCAAUGUGGUCAGCAUAGCGCUCGUCAACACCAUGGUUACACUUUAUAUACGUCCAAGCAUACUCAAAUGAUCUUUAGGUUCGGGCUCAGUGGAGGUUAAUCUAGUACUUGACUUCCAACUUCAUAUUCAAAAUUUCCCGUAACUCUCCCUUUGGUGCAAGGUGCAUUUUCCUAUGGAAAGGCCCAUGUAUCUGUGUUACGUUGUCGUUAGUUAGAGAAACUAAAUCUACCGUUCCAUGAAAUGACCUAUGCCCAUAAUAUCACUGAAUCGUCAUCAUGUUUUCGUGUUUUUCCGCAAUUCAAGAUGCAGUAGUAUGUAUUGUUUUCCAUGUGUAUGAGCAACCUUACACAAUGAGUUCAUUGUCUGAUAGUGCAAAUGCAAUGGCUGAUGGGCUGAUGAGCCAGUCUGACGAAAAUUAUUCAAAACUUCAAAUAGAAUCUGUCAGUCUGCUGUGGUGCGGUUGACUGAUUGCAGAUUGAAUUGAUGCUAGACUGAUAGUAAACCGAUAGUAUAGAGUUGCUCUAUAGAAGACGUAACCACAAAAUUGCUUUUCAAAACGUCGAAAGCUUUGAGGUCUUACAGUUUAGGAACGAGAACGAUAUUUUUUAUUUACGGCCGGAUAACUUACGUUUUCAAUAAGAUUUAUACUAUUGUCCACACUUGCAGGUAAUGUAAUAGCAUCGGCUUCCGUGGAGAUACUUGAAUUUUGCCCUGACUUAAUUCCCAAUGAUUCAAUACUACCCCAAUGAUGUGAGUUGUCGCUUGCCUGAUCUUGUUCCAUUUAGUUCCUUUUUUCCAAUACUAUAAACAUUGUAUAGUAAACUCCGUGUUUUUUGCUAGCUACAAAAUGGAAAUCCAACAGAAGAACGGUUUUCGAUACGUAGUUUUUUUGUUUCUACCAUUUUAAAUUGAUAGUAUAACAAAAUUACUUAUAAAGGGUUGAUGGAAACGCAUAACGAAUUUUAAGUUAAGUUUAAGUUUUUUACUCUGUUGAAAUAAUUAUGGCCUACGUUUCAACAUUGUCGCCAGUCAAUUAAGUGGCAAUUAGGGACAACCACGGGGAGCACGAAAACUAAUAGUAAAGCCAAAUGACCGUCUGACUGUUCAAAAAUAGCGUAUGCUGACCAAGGCAUUUGGCAUAUCUUAUGAUUUGUAAACAAAAUUAUGAAAGCCAGAUUUGAGUUUCAUCCAUUGUUUUGAAAAUUUUUGCUUUUUUAGCUUUAGAGCAUGAUCGAAAAUGUUGAUUUCUUUCUUUUAUGGUUGGUCGUCUGGCUGGUGCAGUGUUUUCUGUUAUUUAAAGGGAAAAAGGCCUUUCUAACAUAAAUAGUGGGAAAGGUCAAAUUAAUGAACUAUAUUAUAAUGGCGAAAUCUAUACAUUAACUUCAACCAACGUGGCGCUGGUGUCUAAAUUUGAUUCACUGUUUCAAGUAACGGCUUGUUAUUAAAGUAUCGGAGAUUACCGCAGUCUUUUUUUCGAGAUGAAAAAAACAAAAUUAUUUAGCACGUGAAGCUAAAGAAGAAUUAGUGUUAUAGCCAAUAAGACACAAAUUGUUUGAACUUCGAUAUUGCUAUUUAUUGUUACUGCGAAUAGGAAGUCAUUCUGAAUGUAUUACUUGUUUGUGAAGAAUGGGAAAAGAGAUGUUUGAUAUUCGGUUUAUUACAAGAAUAGGAUGCAUUGUCACGAUACUGAAUUUAGACCUUUAUUGCAAUAUUUAUUACAUGACUAAUUUAUUAAAAGUGUGAACUGUAAAAAACGAGAGAAAUCUGAAAAAAAAAAACAAAUUCUAUAUUAAAAGCGUGAUUAGGAUUAAAGUGAGACGAAAACUUUAUACAAUUACUGUAGGGGCGAAUUGAAUAUAGUGUAAACAUUUUUUCGGAGUAAGUACAUUUAUCUAUUAAUAUUAGUGAAUGAAGACAAGUAAUAGCAUUUUGCAGAUAAGUUAUCAACCAUGAUCAAAUCUAAUCUAAGUUCCAACAAAGGUUAAAUUAUUAUUUAGAUGAAGACUAUUUCCAAAUCAAUUCGAAUUGAAUUGAAUGUGUAGAAUAAAGAGAUGAGAAAAUAAUACAUUUCAGUGACCAGGAGAAAACAGGAGGGAUAAAUAAACGAAAAUACAAAGUAGAAUCAUGGGAAUCUAUUAAAUUGAUCACUUUAAUAUAAUGAAAAAUUAUACAAAAAUAGGCCAAAUUGUAAUAUAAACUAAUAUCAUGUAAUGAGGAAAAUAAGAACAAAAGAUGUAUGAAAUUAAAGCGAAGCAGAAAAUACAUUUUUGAAAAUAG